AGGACGUCACACGCUAACAGGCCAACGUAUCUCCGUCAUAUCCGGUGUUGGCCGGAGACACGGAGUUGCGGAGCUAUUCAGAUUUUGCCUGGAGAAGGCCAAACGACACGACACCUCACGACACAGACGGCCGUCCACAUGCAUGAAGCGCGGAAGUCGAAGGGUUUGUUCGGAAAAGUCUGACAGGCUUCAAAAUUUCUGGCAAUCGUCGGCCACCUCUGUAUCUGCUCAGUGCUGUGACUCACCAUGCUUGAGGGUUCCGGUCGAUGAUCUAGAUCUAAGGAAGCUGUACAUGUCAGAUUACCUAUAAUUAGUCGGGUUCGCUGAUUGGAAGGUACCCGCUUGUUAUCCAAGUUCUCCUGUACCAUGGCUGCCAACUCGACGAAGAAAGUGUUGAUGCUUCAUGGGUAUGCGCAGAGUGCCACCAUUCUCAGCAAAAGGAUGGGCGCUCUGCGCAAGUCGUGCGGAAAAGACAUCGACCUUGUUUUCAUAGACGCACCACACGUGCUCACGCCCGCAGACCUCGCCGAAGCGUUCGGCUCCUCUUCAGAGAGCUCUUCUCUAGAUCAGCUAGGAGCACAGGAGGCGGCGACAGACUCGGAUCCCGCAUUGCUUCCUAGAGGCUGGUGGCAGGUCGAUGCUGCUCGGACGAAAACGAUAGGCUUGGAAGAUUCGAUACUGCAAAUCCGCGACCUUCUCCUCAAGGACCGUUACGACGGCAUCUUUGGGUUUAGCCAAGGUGCAGCCAUGGCUGCAUUGAUGAGCGCAUUACUCGAGAAGCCGGAGGUUUUCCCUCCGUUCCUCGUUGACGGGAAGCCCCCACAUCCGCCCUUCACGUUCUGCAUAGCGGCUGCCGGCUUCAGACCGGUGAGCCCACUGUGCGACGCCAUAUUCCUGCCUAGCUACUCGACACAGACUCUUCACAUCCUCGGGCGUACGGACGUGAUCGUCGUGGAGGAACGCUCCAAGACGUUGCUCGACGUCUCUGCUAACAAGCGCGUAGAGUGGCAUGACGGAGGCCACUUUGUCCCUUCGAAAGCCAACUGGCGCAACUUCUUGAAGGCUUAUUUGAAGGAUCCGUUGGGAGACGUGCCGUCCCCCAGUCCUGGGGCGGUGUCUCAGCCAGCGUCGGGGACUGCUACUCCUGUCACUCCGUCUUUGUGAUACAAUGGAUGACAUCUGGUCGGGACGACUAACUAAUUAGGGGGCAUGAUAGGUUUUAAUCACCAACCAGUAGAAAACGAACCAAAGCGAGUCAACCAUCGAACCCGCGCAGCGUAGAUACAGUGGUGUAUAGAAGAUUGUAUUGAUGGGUGGUCUAAUAAUACAAUACUGGAAGGCAUGAUGGCAAUCACCAAGUGUCUGUGUAGUGGACCAACAACAAGAUACACAGACAAAAUGCAAGUGUUCCAUGAGGUCCGAUAUAGUCCCGAGAAAAGAGCGCUACGCCAGAGGUUCGUCAGUGAUGUAAUAAAUGGUAUAUGUCAUGAUCAUGAUCGUUUGUAGAUCGGCGUUGUUCGAAGCGUGGCACAUUACAUCUGGUCGAUGCCCUCCGCACACAGACCGCAUCCAAUGCACUCUAAGCAAGCAAGACCGCCGCACCAGGCGCACACGUAGCACGGGCAGCAUAGAGGAUUCUCAAAUGCUCCCCGACAGCACCAAGCACUGAGGCAGAUUGCGGCUAGGACGACGAGAACGAGCCCAACGAAGACGACGAUCAAAUACAAUUUGUUGUGCACGAAGGUAUUGCCUCCACUUCCGCUAGUGCCAUCAGACUGCCUCUUUACCAAACUGCCUAUCGUCAUCCACGCGCUCUCGCUACUGUCAUCCGCGAAUCCGAGGGCGUUCAGCCAGGAUCCUUCGUUGAAGGCCGCAUCCCACAGGCAUGAAACCAGUAGAAGCGCGAGGAUAGAAAAGGCGGCCAAAAGGAUGGUGAUAGCAAUGCGGCGACUGCGGGCGCGGCUGCAUCGGCAACGACGUGCUUCAGAGUCGUGAAGUUGCGCAUACUGGUGGCCGUGGUCCUCGUGUGAGCACGCCUUCUCGUUGUUGCGGUCGUGGAAUGCUACAACGGGAGCAUUGGUCGCGAAGGGUUGGGACGUGAUAGACAUUUGAGUUCAACGAAAAAUCCUUGUUGGAGGACGCAAAGAAAGCCACUUGGCAAGGGGGAAAACG